GUUCAGGCAUUUUGUGAAAAUUGUCCAAUCCGGUUUGAAGAGACAGAGAUUUUCGACGAAUAGAAAGCGUUAGCCGUGUGGUGGACUGUUGAUACAUCCAAUGGUCUGAGUGGUAGUAAUAUACUGUCCGUGGUGCGGUGGUGGACACACACUGGAUGGGACAGGACAGCGCUACAUGGGGGACGCAGGCGACAGCGGCUGGUACCUCCGCUCCUACACCCCGGAGAGAGCAAUUCACACUCUGGAGAAAUCUCUAGAGCUUUACGACGCACCGCUAUUGGGACCUGAGUUGAUGAAAUAACCCAGCCGAGCAUGAACACAUCGCAUUUGAGUGUCUCCUCCUCUGAGCAUGGACUGACCAAAUCCCUCUCUGGAUGAUUUGAUGGGGCUGCUCAGAGUCAUGAUGCCGCCCAAGUUGCAGCUUCUGGCGCUGCUGGCGUUCGCAGUGGCCAUGUUCUUCCUGGAGAACCAGAUCCAGAAGCUGGAGGAGUCCCGCGGGAAGCUCGAACGAGCCAUCGCUAGACACGAGGUACGAGAGAUUGAGCAGCGACACACGCAAGACGGCUUGAGGGAACGGGAUUCAUUGGCCUCGUCGCCAUCAGAGGGCGAAGACGACCUUGUCAUCAUCUACAACCGCGUGCCCAAGACGGCCAGCACCUCCUUCACCAACAUAGCCUACGACCUGUGCGGGAAGAACCACUACCAUGUCCUGCACAUCAACACCACCAAGAACAACCCGGUCAUGUCCAUACAGGACCAGGUGCGGUUUGUAAAGAAUGUGACUGAGUGGAGGGAAAUGAAGCCGGCUUUCUACCACGGACAUGUCUCCUUCCUGGACUUCACCAAGUUUGGAGUGAAGAGGAAGCCCAUCUACAUAAAUGUGAUCCGUGACCCCAUUGAAAGGCUGGUGUCGUACUAUUACUUUCUGCGUUUCGGGGAUGACUACCGGCCGGGCUUAAGACGCAGGAAACAAGGAGACAAGAAGACGUUCGAUGAAUGUGUAUCAGCCGGCGGCUCAGACUGUGCCCCUGAGAAGCUCUGGCUCCAGAUUCCUUUUUUCUGUGGACACUACUCUGAAUGCUGGAACGUGGGCAGCCAGUGGGCUCUGGAGCAGGCGAAAUACAACCUGGUGAAUGAAUACAUGCUGGUCGGAGUAACAGAGGAGCUGGAGGACUUUGUCAUGAUGCUGGAGGCGGCGCUGCCACGCUUCUUCAAAGGAGCCACUGAGCUGUACAAAACAGGGAAGAAAUCCCACCUGAGGAAGACCAGUGAGAAGAAGCCGCCCACCAAGGAGUCGAUCGCCAAGCUGCAGCAGUCGGCCAUCUGGAAGAUGGAGAACGAGUUCUACGAGUUUGCACUGGAGCAGUUCCAGUUUGUCAGGGCGCAUGCUGUCAGAGAAAAGGACGGGGAGCUCUACCUGUUGGCACAAAACUUCUUCUAUGAGAAAAUCUACCCCAAAAACUAAAGAGGCACGUCUGUGGAAGGGAUUGGAGAGAAUGCUUUGUGCAGGCUCGUGUGUGCCCAGUCUGAGAUGAGGAAGAGAGGAGGACUUAAAGACGACAGGUGACUGUGUGACUGCUUGGUACGUGUGAUUAAGGACAUGACGUGGAGCUGCAGAACAAUCUGGUGGCAGCUCUGUUAUACACGUCUGUGCCAGCCAACUGGACAGGGAGCUCAUGUUUCGUCAGCAGGUUGUGUUCCCAGCAGCGCCCGGGCCUCCACUCCCCUUCACUUCCAUGUCAAAUGUCGUCAGCGCAGAGGACUUCUGCUGGCACAUGUUACACAUGGCGGAGACGGCCUGUCCAACAGCCGGUUAGACCUCAACUCCUGAUCCAGACAAAACUUUUCAUCGGCUCUGUACUGUUUGGUUGUGUUUGAUUGUAUUUUAACUCUUUACUAUGGUUGUCUUUUGUAUGUAAAGACGGUGGCAUUUUCCAUGGUGACACGACAUCCCCAUGCCUCACCACUACUACUAACUUAAAGAGAUUUUAAGUGUACGAAACUGACUACUGUGCUGUAUUAUUGGACUCCAAUGAGAACUUUUGAGGUUUUUAUGAAAUAAAAAUCCUGUGACCAUGGACUAUUUCCUGGGACAAGUGCAUACAUUUUAUACUGUACUUGAUGUAUUUCAUUGGAUGUAAAUGUGCAGCUUUGCCCAGAGGCUUUUCCUCCGUUAUGAAGAAACACAUGAAAUUAUUGAAGUGUGUACGAACACUAAGGUGGAGAUGCUGCUGCUGCUGCUGCUGUAAAUAUUUACUACUUUUUCAGCCCGAUUCAUUCACAGAUUUGCUACAGUAUAAUAUUAACCCAUUUAUACUGUUAACCUUUUAAAGUUACAGUGUGCAUUUUAUCAGUUUGUACAUUUCUUUCAUCUCUUUUAUUACUUUUUAGGCUGCAUUUAAUUUCUUUUAAUCAUUUUCUUUUCAUUGUAAAACCAGGUAAACAUGUAUGUCCACUAAUAUGUCUGUAAUGUGCCGACAUUUUUGGGAAGUGUGUUUAUUUGCUUUCUUGCCAGGAGUGAAAUCAGGAGAUAACCACUGUAAUAUCGGUCCCUUAGAUCACUGGUUCCCAACCUGGGAGUCCCGACCCUCACAAGGGGUCACAAGAGCUUCACGGGUGGGUCGUGAGGCCUUCUUGAUUUUAAGCAGAGUAUCGUUAUUAACUUAAAGUUGCUGGGGUUAAGUUUAGUCAAGUUUUUGUGGUUCGAAUUAGUGCCCAACAAAUGACAUAAUGUGCCCCAGCAAUGAUGUUAUGUACUUGCGAAUUAGUGCCCCGCAAAUUACAUUCGUACCUAACGUUAAGUUGCGUCAUUAGCGUAAAGUUACAGGGCUGAGGUUUACUCAAGUUAUUGUGGUUCAGUUUAAGAAAACAAACAUCAUGAAAACGCACCUUAAGAUGACUCGCAGAUAACUCAAAUUAUUCAAGGUUCUUAACCUGUCUCCUGAGGAACGUGUAAACUGUGCAUGAGCACAUCCUGUUCCAAGGGGUAUAAGAAAAUUCUUUCUAUAUAUAUUUCAUUUAUUUCUGUAAAGAAAACUAAAGAAAACUACUAUCUUUAAGUUUAGAUUAAUAUUCAAGCUUUAAACUUUACAGGGUAAGGGCACAGUGAAGGCCUGGGGUCAUUUAUAAACAUUGCGUACGCUCAAAACGAGGCCUGAGAGAGGUGUACGCCACUUCCUGCGGAAACAUUGUGAUCUAUAAAAACAGACUUGAUGGGAGAAACUUUGACCCAUGCUUACAAACAUUUUAGUGACGGGAAAAUGGCGGUGCAGAUGGUGAGGUGGAAGCCUGAUAGUAGAAAUUGUCGAUUAUUUUUUACCGCACGCCAUUUUAGGCUUUUGUCCGUACGUACAUUUUUAGCAUGGAUCCAACGCACUGUUUUAUAAAUGAGAGCCCAGAACAGAGCAUUUACUGUCUGCUUAACAGCCUCAUCCUGCAUUAGAAAACUACACCGUUAAAACAACGAAAGAGCUCAUAGAAAAGUGGGCAAGCAUCGAGGUGAAGAAAAGA